UGCUAUGUUGCUCGGGGGCAUUUAAUUAAUGUAACUCACAACAUCCCGUUUCCAUGGAGGUCCACCAUGUCAGGACAGUCAGUGCUAUGACAGACAGCAAAAUCCCAAGUCUACAGAAAUGAAAGGAAGCCAUUCAGUCGUCUACAAAGCUCACCAGACAAGCCAUCGAUUAAAGCUACAUACACCUCAAGCUGAUAAAUGUUAACUUCAACGUUAUCUCCUGAGAGGACGACCAGAAUGAACCGUUUAAAUUCCACCGUCCCGGUUGACGAAUACCUCGCGGACAGUAAUGUGCUGUUUUACAUGAAUGACGCAGUGACCCAGCUGCUGGAACAUAAAGAGGAAUACACCCAGUUCGGGGUGAUCCGCUACUUUGCUGAAUAUUUCAGCAGUGUGAAGAACAGUAACCACGUCCUCUUCAGAGAGUAUAACUACAUCAGGGCCACUCUUCAUAACCGAGCCUCCUUCAUCAGAGUCUUCUGGAGAUGCUACAGACAGAUCGGCAAGAGUGGAGACUUACUGUCCAUGCUGGAGUACAGGUCUCUGCUGCAGCUACUGUGUCCAGACUUCCCAGCGGAGAUGGUACAGACUGCAGCCAGAAUUGUCCUGAUGGACGACGCCAUAGAUUGUCUGAUGUCUUUUGCUGAUUUCCUUUAUGCCUUCCAGCUGCAGUUCUACUACCAAGAGUUCCUGGACAGUGUGCUGCUGAUCUACCAGGAUCUGUUAUCGGGGAAGAGCCCUAACACCGUCAUUGUCCCCACGUCCACCUCCAUCGAGCAGCUGCCCUCUGUGGCUGCAGAGGAGAACGACAGGGAGGAGCAGCAGCAGGACGGGGUGGAGCCAUCCACUCUGGCUCAGUGUAUAGACGCCUUCUGUGACAGGUUCAAACGCAGUCAUCCUCCCAGGUCCUGUAUGAGGGAAGCACUGGGACACACUGACAAAGUGUCUUAUUACAGCUUCCUAAUGAGCCUGGCUAAACAUGAGAGCAUCAACCAGACUAUUGGAGCGUUACCCAGCAAGGCAGAGUUGCUCAUUGACCCAGAGAUGGACCAGGAACUGGACAAACUAAUCGCCCAGAUCUCAGUGAGUCCUGGCAGCAACAGCAGUGGCAGUGCUGUGGGGGGGCUGAAGGAGGUGCAGAGGAAGGCCUCCCCCAGGAGGAACAUCCACCACAGGAGAAAGAUGGAGGUGGAAAGCGACGGCUCCACGGAGGAGACCGACUCCUCUGAAAAUUGACCUCUAAGCUUUCACCGCUCUGUCGCAUGUCCCCUCCAUCUUACACCCAUGAAAACGUCCCUGCCCAUUAUUUGCUAUGUGAACGAACACACCAGUCGUAGAUAAGUGCACAUCAGUGCGAGAGAGCACUCCACCCCAUGACAGAUACAUGUCAUGUUUUCUUGUUGUCCAGUAUUUAUGUCCAGACGAACAGUGAGGGAUCAGAAUACCUCUGACUGCAGGGCUGCGCUGUGGAUUCACGGUUGAUGCUACUAUUCUUUAUGCUGUGUGGUCCUGAUGAAGUCCCGUGUCUGAACAUGGCCAUGUGACAUGCCACUGCUCUGCAGCUGCAGUGUGUUUGGAACUUUCUUGUAUUCUCUCCAAACAAAGUGUUUGUAUCCUCCUCAGCAUUGUUCAUGUUCAUUGUCAUUGCCCUUGCUAGCAAUGAAUAGUAUAACCAAGCUGAAUAUCAGCAUCAACACUCCAGUUAAUACUCACUGACAAAUAUUUAGAAUUUUCCCUGCAAUUCAGUUGCUGCUACAUUUCUUAUGUUAGCACACCAUCCUUACUUAUUAGCUCACGCUAAUGAGUGAAUGUAUUCCUGCUGCUUUAAAUGUUCCUGCUGAAAGGAUUGCCUCGACACUAAAACUCUGAAGUUCCCAUAAGAAAGUGAAAAGUAUUAGAAUAAAUCCAGCAUCGAUUGCAGUGCUAGAUAUGUGUUCUGUAUGUUUUUCACGCUGUUGUGUUGAGCAUGUAAAAGGCCAGGGACUCUGAGUUUGUGAAGGUGUAGUUCCUCCUCUUCCUGCCUGUUCAUGACCGGCACAGUGAGCAGCUCAAGCAUGAACUGUACUUACAGCACUAAGUUAUGUAUUACUUUUUUUUAUGAUGAAUAGAAUGACACUAAGCUUAAUAUGCAAAUGUGAGAUGACGCAUAUGAAGAUCCUUCAUCACACUGUGAAUAAUAAAGAUGUAACUGUGAUGCCUCA